AUGCCUUUGGCUGUUGACUUGCUUCACCCAGAUCCAGAGCUCGAAAGAAGACGCCACAAGCUGAAGCGUCUUGUUCAGCAUCCAAACUCUUUCUUCAUGGACGUGAAGUGCUCGGGAUGCUACAAGAUCACCACCGUCUUCUCGCACGCCACUACUGUCGUUGUCUGCGUCGGAUGUAACACCGUCCUUUGCCAGCCAACCAGAGGAAAGGCCAAGCUUACCGAGGGAUGCUCCUUCCGUAAGAAGCAAUAA